AUGCGUGCCACGUGGCUUCUUCUGAUCGUCGUCGUCACCGCUUCUGAAUCCGCCACGUCAUCAUCAUCAACCACUCAAAAACCAACGACGACGACGAUUUCGGCGGAAAUUCGGAAUGCCAAAUUGCCACAAGGUACAGUAAGACUACAAAGACUACAAACCACAAAAAUUGUUGCAGUUCUCAAAAACGCGCCGUGGGAGUGCGGAACCGAUGAGUUCACCAAAUCGAUCAGCGAAGGAGAGAUCAUGGCAAAGUGUCCGAAACUUCGAGAUCACUGGAACAGCUGCUGCUAUCAACACGACAAUUGUUACGACGCGCAGUCGGGUCAGCAAUUCUGCGACGACACGUUUUGCUCAUGUCUUGAGCGCCGUUCGCGUAGCUCAAAAUCGUGUCACGACGAGUCGGCCCCACUUUUCUGUGAUUUGGUCCGGACCUUUGGUGAGGACGCCUACAUUGCAUCCGCCCCAAAUGCGACGACGACUACAGAGAGUACUGUCGAGAAGGACGACUACGACUACGAAUCCCACGUUCUAAAAAAUGCCACGUCAUCUGGAUAA